CACUCCAGAAGCCAUCAUCUCAAUUCCUUUCCUUUAAACAAUUCUCACGAGAUUAUGCUCUAGUAUCCGUCAUUCACUCACCGAUUUCGUUGACCGUUAACCGUCCAUCCUCCGCACUCCAUGAUGACCUCCGUGGUCUCGAACGGCCACGCAACAUCUUCGAAGCCCGUCAUCAGCCACGCUGAACAACGCAGAGUCAUUCACCAUGACGCAGACGUCUUAAUUGUGGGCGGCGGAAUUCUAGGCUGCGCUCUAGCAGUAACUCUAGGCCGCCAAGGACGCAGUGUCCUCCUCCUAGAAGCCUCCCUAAAAGAACCAGACCGCAUCGUGGGCGAACUCCUCCAACCCGGCGGCGUACACGCCCUCGAACAACUAGGCCUACGAGACUGUCUCGAUGACAUCGAUGCGAUCCGCGUGGAGGGAUACUACGUGACAUACUUCGGAAAACCAGUGACCAUCCCGUAUCCCCGACAAUCGCCCACCGACCCGCUCCCGGAGGGCCGCUCGUUCCACCAUGGCCGGUUCGUGAUGAAACUGCGUGAGGCGGCGAGGACGUGUCCGAAUGUAACGAUUGUUGAGACAAAGGCGACGGAGUUGAUUACUUGCUCGCAUACCAAGCAGGUUCUGGGUGUGGAGUGUGUGAACAGGGAUCAGACGCAGGAUUGCUACUUCGCGCAUCUUACUGUUGUCGCGGAUGGGUAUGCGUCGAAGUUUCGGAAGCAGUACCACGCGCAUACGCCACGGGUGAAGUCGCGGUUUUGGGGGCUGGAGUUGAUUAAUGCGAAGUUGCCGAUGCCGCAUUUUGGACAUGUGCUGCUUAGUGAUAACCCACCGAUCCUGGUUUAUCAGAUUGGCUCGAGGGAGACGCGGAUUCUUAUUGAUGUUCCUGAGAACUUGCCGUCUGCGUCGGUGAAGAAUGGGGGUGUGAAGAGUCAUAUGCGCAAUGUUGUUCUGCCGUCGUUACCGGAGGGUAUUCGGCCGUCGUUUCUGGCUGCGCUGGAACAGGGUACGCUUCGGUCGAUGCCUAAUUCUUUUCUGCCGGCGUCGACGAACAAGACGCAUGGUUUGAUGAUUCUGGGAGAUGCGUUGAAUAUGCGUCAUCCCUUGACUGGUGGUGGAAUGACGGUUGCUUUCAACGAUGUGCUAUUCAUUCGCGAUCUGCUCAGCCCGGAGAAGGUCCCUAGUCUAUCAGACACCAACAAAGUUCUCAAGCAGUUGUCCACCUUCCACUGGCAACGCAAGCAGGCAUCAUCCGUUAUUAAUAUCCUCGCCCAAGCUCUUUACUCUCUUUUCGCAGCAAAUGAUGAAAACCUCCGCGCCCUCCAACGCGGCUGCUUCAGCUACUUCCAACUCGGCCGCGUCCAAGGUCCUGUCGGCCUCCUAGGUGGUCUCAUCCAGCGCCCCCUCGUCCUCUUCUGGCACUUCUUCUCCGUGGCCUUUCUCUCGUUAUGGCUUAUUAUCCGCGACGCGCCGUUAUGGAAGUUGCCGCUGGCGCUGAUUCAGUGCGUGCUGGUGUUUUGGACGGCUUGUGUGGUUAUUUUCCCGUAUAUGCUUAUUGAGGCGUUUUAUUAGUGUCAUGGGUUGGUUUGGGAAGGGGUUUAUGUGGUGUAUUACUAUAACAUAUUGUUUUUUUUUUUUUUUUUU